AUGAGCUGCAAUCGCCGUUGCGCAGUGCAAGCUGCAAGACAACUGAGCCUUGGGUGUCUUAGGAUGAAGGCGUCGUUGUUUGAAAGCAUGCUGGAUGACUUUCUGAGACAGGAUGGACUUUUGGUCACUGAAGUGCUCAGCUUGGCGGAGCUCUUUUGUUAUUUCUGCUCUGCUAUCUGGAUCCUCGGGCAAGCGGAACUCGUGUCUUGGAUUGAAUGGGUCAAGGGACAGCUGGUUAAAUUUGGAAAGCGGCGAACGGUGGUCGCUACCGUUGUGGAGUCCUUGAGGCCUCGAGGAUCUGUCGUCAGAUUUCAGACAGCCUUGGAAAUUUUGGAAAGCAUUCUGCUGCAGUCCCUUUUCGUUUGCCUCUUCAGUCUUUGCGUUUCCAGCAGCAUGGGCAAGGGCAGAGGCAACUUGCUUGGCAGAAAGGCUGCAGCUAAGUCUAAACCCAAGACCAAGCUUGUCAAAGUUGUCGAAAAAAAGGCACAGAAGGAAGCCAAGCAGCAGGCCAAGCAAGAGUCGAAAGUGAGUGGACACUUUCAGAAAGCCAUGAACACUUACUUUGAGAGAACCAUUCAGGAAGACCGGCAGUAUGUCCUGAAGAUGUUAGCUGAAAAUGAUGCUUGGGUCCCACGUCUCGCAGCCCUUUUCAGAUGUGGCGCCAUGAAGACGCUUCUGGAGACCGGUGAGAUGACUCCUGAUGCCACCCUUGGUGACUCCGAUGAGCCGAAGUGGAAAGGUAAGGUUUACAAACUUCUGAGCCUUCCCUUGCAGGCAAAGUUGGCCAUGGUGAAGCCCUUUGUCACGCUUCCUGUCGACGAUGAGGAGGAUGCUGGCGGCGCCUGGUUGGACCAGGUCAUGAAGUACUUGUUCCACAUCGAUGAGCAGACGCCCUUGCCCAAGCAUGAGAGCAUUCGAAGCUUCAAGACCCUGGAGGCUUUCGCGAAAGCAAGGGUUGAUGACAUUGGUCGGAACCGUUUGGAAGGCAAGAGCCUGGCCUUCGGGAAGAAGGACGAGUUGGCCUUCUAUGGCUUGGAUGAUGCCAAUCCCUCCUUGCUGAAGUGUCUCUUCUUGCCAGAUGCCAUUGCUCGCCUCCCUGACAUCAAUGGAGCUGACACCAAGUGGAACUUGUCCAAUCCCUUCGACGCGAAUUGUGAGGCAGUGUGUGAUGACAACGGUGACAUCACCUUCAACUGUUCCUCCUUCUUUGCUCAGAUUCGCUUCUUGGAGACGAAGCGCUGGACCUAUCACGUGGACCUUGAGACCAAGGAGAAUGCUGGGACCAGUGCAGGGUCUGCUGCAGCACCGUCUAUUUGGUUUUAUGGACGAGAUUUUUCUGCCCUCUUAGCAGAUGAAACAUACUUCGUGCUGGACCCACUGCAAGACUCGCAGCUGCAACUUUGGCCACCUGAGCGCAUAGAUGCCGAACUGCCAGUAUUUCUGUACUACAUCUUAGCGGCUGAGAUGGAAAGACGAGGCCUUCCUGUUCAGACGGCAGAGGACAUCCGUUUGACGCGGAACAAGGACCAGCUCUUGCUGCACAAUGUUGCAACUGGGGAGGUGGCCGUGGUGGAAGAAUCCAAGAACUGGACAUCAGUAGAGCUUCUUACUGUUGAUGGUGAGGGCGUGGUUCUGCGUGGAAGCAACAACUCUGGAGAGGUGCAGGCCACGUCUAUUUCUCAUUGGUUGCAAUUUGAAAAGAAUCAAGAUGACCUGGUGGAUUUAGGUGAUGGUUCUAGAUCACAGUGGAGCGACAUGGUCAAAACAACCGUGCCGUUAGCCUUGAGUCUGAGCAGGGGGCAAAGUGUCUUCACGUGUGAACUUCAAGUUGCCAAAGUUCCAAACGUGUCAUCUUGCAGCAUUUUCUGGCAUAUCCGUUGGAUUGUGGAUUGGCUGGGCGGCCACAAGAACAGCAAUUUCAUUGGCCAAGGUGCGAAGACUUGGGUCAACAAGGUGUUGGCGUACUUGCCACAUGUGCCAGAUCUGGACGAAGAGCAUGAGAUAGAUGAAAUUGCCCGCAAACACUUCCUCGAAUCAGGGCAUUCCAGGUUGAGGGCGUCUCCAAGGCAAGGUGAGGAUGCUGACCAAGAGGUUCGAAUGACCGAGUACUGUGCCUCAAGCUUUGCCAUUUUGGUGAUGUUGGCCCAUUGGGCUGCCAGAGGCCCUCACAAACGAUCAGCCUGGAAGCUGACCACCGAACAAGUGCAAUCGCAAGCAACAUCUUUGCUGAAAGUGCUGCUACAUACUUUUGUGACAGCUGAUCUGAGAAUGGAAGUUGCUGAAGCGACAAUUUGGUUUUGCCUGGUGGAUGAUGAUGUUUGCCUGGAGUGGCAGCAAUUUUGCUUGACAGAAUCCCUGGCUUUGCUGCAGCGCGUUUUUGAUUCAGAGCGAAGAGCAGUGCCCGUGCACGAGGCAAUCAUGGUGCUUUGCUUGGAGGAAAUCAAUACCAGAGUAUCACAGAGCCGUCGUGCUGCAGCAACCAUGGCCUUGGCUUGGCUCAUUCAGGCACUCGUCUGGGUGCUGGAGAGUUCCAAGAGAGACGAGAUCUGGCAAAAAACCGAACUGUGGCAGCUGCAGCCUCUCAGGACAGCGAGAAACUACAGACGAUUAUCAGGGCAGAUGAAAGCCUCUUUGGUGGAACGAACUGAACAGACCCAUUUGAGAAGCGUGAGCACGGUUCUCGCGACGUUGCCUGGCUCAACUGGAAAGCAACGGGGGUCCAACUAUGUACAGCACGUGACCGGCCAAAUCAAACCCGUGACUGGUACGCAAGAUGGCCAGGAGGCCUUGGCACAGCAGACUGCCAGAUUUAUGGAGCCACCGCCUCCUGGUGAGCAGCCUCCUGAGAAACGCAGGCGCUUGGGCCGCAAAUCCAGGCCAGCCCAGCCGCGACUGCCCACUUUGCACUGGAUUUUUGACAUGAAACAUUGUCUGGAAAUGUUGGGAAGGCCUUUGAGGCAAUUUGUAGCAACAGAGGAUAUCAUGGCUUCGGAAAACUGUCCAGCCAUUUUGACAGUUUGCACAGACCAGGAAAGCUUGCAACUGGCAGCCGCAAAUUUUCUGAAGUGGCAUGUUGGCCUGAUGAUGGAGCAUGUGUAUGACCCGCAGCACAGACGAAGCAAUGAUUCCACCCUUGCUUUGGCUGAGUGCGGGUUGUUGCAAAGGUGCUGCAUGAACCUUUGUUUGUUCAAUCUGAAAUUUGGACCUUUUUUGAAAGGUGGAUGGCACACUUUGAUCAUCGAGACUGCUUGCAAAGUUUCAGAAGAGUUGUCUCCCAACGAUCCCGUGCUGAAGCAUUUCAUGCCCAGCAUCUUAGAGGACUAUGGUGAAACAUGGGAUCAGAACACCGAAGCCCGUCGGAGGCGAUUUCUGCUUGAGCUGCCAACGGCCCCGUUUGUGACGUCCAAAGGCCCCAAGGCCGCCAUGAGCCGCUUCAAUAGCGUGACCCAGGCUGCUUUAUUUCUGGAUCAGCACUGGAGCGCCCAAGCAUUUCUGUUUACCAUGACUUGCUUGAUCCAGGGGUGGGUCGAGUGCGCAGAUCAACUUUGGCAACCUGAUGAUGUCAAUGCAGCAGAUUGCCCAGGUGGAGCAGAAGGUCCCGUGAGUGCAGAUGAUUCUGGAGCAGCGUCCGCCUCAGCCGGGCCGUCAACAAGUAAGGUACAGGCCAAGUUGGAGGCCAAGAAGGCUUUGGAGAGAAUGCGAGGAAAAGCAGUGAACACCUUUCACUGCAUGACUCGGUUUUUGAAUGACCCUGAGUCCAAGACUUUUUGCCGAAUCAUGGCUUACCUUCAAGAAGCAGAAGCUGCAAGCUCAGGCUUGAUGCUGCAUCGAAUGCGGGGCGAGCAAGCCACGAAAGAGCAAUUUGCAGCCUGGGCAGAUUGGUCCUUUUUGCAUGAGCUGAAGGACAUGCUUUUGGUCCUGAAGGAUCAAACAAAACUGAAGCGAAUGGGUUUUGCCAUGUAUUUGCUGGCGUCGGCACACAAGAAGGAUCAGAUCGCCAUGGACAAUUCCAUUGCAGCCACUGUGUUUAGCGCAGUCAGAAGCUUCUUGAAGUUCAGGUGUGGUUCAAUGCUGUGGCAUACCUGGAGCCUUCCUGGUGUGAGCGCCUUGCUCUUACAUGAUGACGCUGCCAAAGUUCAAAAAGGUCUGGCAUUCUUGAAAAGCAUCUUCGACACGUGUGCUGCAACUGAAAAUGAAGGCAGUCUAGCCAGCAAAAACCUCCUUCAUGGGCAAGGCAGUUCUAGUCCAGCAAUGAGGUGGAUGUUACGUCGACUUUCAGAAGUUGAUUUCGCUGCAGUCCCUGCCGAAGUUGGCCGGUGUUUGUCUGACAUGUUUUCAGCAUUGUUGAAUUCAAAGUUGGUAGAAGACUUGCAGAAACUUCAAAGGGAACAUGAAGUGCGCACUGCUUCCUCAAAGCAGAUCUCAAAGAUGGAGGCCUGGAGAGUGGGCAGUCAACACAACUUGCUCAAAAGCUAUGACCGGAAGGAAGUUGGAGUGAGCACUUUCCUUUUUCAACCAGAAAAUUUCCAAGAGGCCAAGUUGUUUGUAGCUCCUCAGAAACAUGCUGACAGCGAUCCUCCAGAUGAAAUUGCAUUUUGCAAAAAGCUGAAGGAGGUCACAGGCCAGACAAGUUGGCCAACUUUCACACCUGAGUCUCAGCAGCAAAUCUUUGCCAAUUUGGCUUUGCUGAGGCACAUCCAUGAUGGAGGCAAAGAUUGGCAGAUGGUCGAAUGUGCGUAUCGUGCCUCAUUUUUACCGGAAGGGCAUUGCAUUUUGCAAGGUGGGUCCCUUUACUACGUGGUUCGCGUCUAUGAGCAUGCUGCAUUGUGUUGGCCAGCCACUUUGCAUGCGACCCACGUAGCCUUGAACAUGAACAUUUCUGAGCUUGCUUGGAUUUUCGUCUUCGCGGUGGAAUCCGUCAAGGUGAUCCGCCUAGAAGCAGUUUCGCCAAUUUACAUGUAUGAUGCUUACAAGAAAGCCAAUGCCGGCAUCACUUUGAAGAAUCAUCCGCCGACAUCUGUUCUGGACCAUCACAUGGAGACCGGCUUUUCUGGACUCAAGGAAACUGCUUUGAGGAGGCUGUUGUCUGACCUUGGCAUCCCUGAGACAUCAUGCGGAAUCGGUGUGCCAGAGGAAGUUGCUUUGGCGGCCACCCUCAUGUUGAAUGUGAACCCGUUGCUCACCGAAUCUUCGGUAGUUGGCAAGCUUUUGCUUCGAGAGCAGACACCUGGUCACGCCAUGGUCGGGUCAGAAGAAAGUUUAGACGAGGCAGUCAAAGACACUGUCCUGACAGGCGAGGCAGAAAAGAUUUUGUCACAUGUAAAAAAGUUUUCGGAGAGCAAGUUGGCAGAACAGCUUGAAACAAAAAAGAAGGUUGCACGUAUGGCUUUUGGCAAAGUGAUGGAUGCAAUUCCUCUAGAGAAAAUCAAAGCUGCCAAGGCAAAGUUGAGCAAAGAACCCAAAAAGACUGUUCCGAGCACAGGUUCCGGCUCGGCGAAAGACCAGAGACGAGUGUAUGACAAACUCAAGGCUUCGAUAGAUAAUGCUUUGCGGCAAAAUGUGCCAGACCAAGUCAAAGUUUUCACAGAUGAGCAAAAUGGCAGAUGGAAAAUUUGCUGGGAAAAGGCAAGCUUGAAACAAAAAAGCAUAUCAUGGACUGCAAUUGGAGCAGUCGAAGCAUGCAACGUUGCUGUGAAGCUAGCGUGGAACUGGUCUGAAGAGCAGACUGGAAUUCCAAUGCCGCAGAAGAUCAGGGAUAAGAUGGCCAAACUCAGCUGA